UCGACACGACUCUAUGUCGCCCACGUCGCGAGCCCGCGAUAGUAUGUCCUCCGCACUCGCAGGGAACGGACGCACGCUUGCACUUCGUUGCAACUGAAUUCAUUUGACGAAACAAGUUUUACAUUCCUAAUUAUUUCUGAAAUCGCAUCACAGGAAAAUAUCACGAUGAACUCAAGCGUAACAUUAAAAAGACAAUUUAUCAGACCUAUUUCGAAAAGUUAAAAAAAACAUUUAUAAGUGUAUUUUGUGAAUCUCUUUAUCUCUAUAUCACGAUACGGUUCGCGUUGGUGUUAAAUAACGCAAGUGAAGUUGUUUAUUGUUUUGAAAUAAAAGACAAAUACCGUUGAAGACGCAGAGUUUAAAUUUUAUGUUGUUUUAUUCUUGUUUAUAAGAACGCAAUCAAGUCGCGUGUUAAAAAGAGACAAGAUGAGGUCCCACCGGGCAAGAGCGACAGGUGUGGCGGCUUUGGCGGUUUUGUUGGCUACUAUAACAGGAUGUUCAUCACAAACGUUGAGAAUAUUUCCGAUACAGAAGCAGCAGACGGUGGCCGUGGGUAAGUCCGUGGUGCUGACCUGCCAAGCGGAUGCUCCUGACCCAGCACUUGUGACGCAGCCUCAAUGGCGUGACCCUAAAGGCCUUAUUAUAAAUGAAGCAGCAGCCGGCACCAGGCCUGAGAUCUACACAGAACCGAUGCCCGCUAAACAACUGCAGUUGCUCUACAUAUCGUCCAUCACAACCGCAAUGGCAGGCAAUUACACGUGCGAAGCGACCUACACAAACAUGCCUCUCAGCGCGAGCGUUGUCCUGGAAACAUUCGUUGCUAUAACCUGGACGAAUGCGAAUGAAAACCAAUACGCUACAAAGGGAAAAGAUUUCAAAGUAAUGUGUGAGGUAACAGCUGAACCGGCGCCUUCAGUUGAUUGGUUUAAGGAAGGAACACCUAUAUUGACCGGUGACCGAUAUGUUAUUCAUGCAAAUGGCUUGCUUAUUAAUAACGUUCAAGAAAGUGACGAUGGAACUUAUACUUGCCGGGCUGUAGUUAUCCAAACGGGAGAAUUAGCUGAGAGGAAUAUUAAACUUGAGGUUUAUACUGCACCUGAAAUGGAAGAACGUGAAACUAAAGUUGAAAUAAAAGAAGGUGAAUCUGCGGCGAUUACGUGCAAAGCUAGAGGAAAACCACCUCCGACAUAUUCUUGGAUUAAGGCUUCUACUCGAGAAAACUUAGGAACUACGGCACGCUUCAGUGUAAAUGAAAAUACAGGACUCUUGACAUUCGAUAGAGUGGAAGCAGGAGAUUAUGGUAAAUACAUCUGCAGUGCUGUCAAUCAAGCAGGACAUAACGAAACGGAAAUAGAAGUAGAAGUUUUAGUACGACCGAAAAUUUUCGAACUAUUUAAUACCACAUCAGCUGAAAAUACUGAAGGAAGGUUAGAAUGUAAAGCAUCAGGACGUCCAGCGCCUCGGAUCAGUUUUAGAAAACUUAGCAACAGUGAACGAUUCUUGAAUGGCCCUAAUGAUGAUGGAAGAAUUACGAUCGAAACGAGUAAUCGCCAAACUGGCGAUCAAAUGCAAUCAAGUGCGGUCAUAACAAUAUCGAAAUUAAAUAGAACGGACGAUGGAUUAUAUGAAUGUGUUGCUGAAAAUGAAGGUGGCGAAGCAAGGAAAAAUGGACAUCUAACAGUUCAAUUCAAACCAUCGUUCGAACAUAUGACAAAUGUGCCUAUUUGGAGCUGGAAUUCUCAACCUGUUAAUAUUAGUUGUGUCGCUGAAAGCAUACCUAAUGCUACUAUUAAAUGGAAAUUCCAUGAAUAUGACUUGGUAGAGUCUCCUCAUGUAAGGAUCUACGGAUCCGGGCCAAUCAGUUAUGUGUCUGUAACGCCUCUUGAUAGGAGUCUUUAUGGUAUUUACAAGUGUAUUGCUACGAAUACUCUAGGUGAAGCGGAACACAUUAUUCAAUUGCGAGAAGCUUUUCCACCUGGACCCGUUGUACAGGCGAGGCAAGAAACAAUAACGGCGACAUCGGUAUCAUUCAAUAUAGUUGGCCCAGCCGAAGAAAUGGGACCGCCAAUAUUGGCUUACACGACACAGUACAAGGAAAAUGGGAACUUCGAUUGGAAUCUCGCUAUGAACAGAACUUGGUCUGUCAACUCUCCGUACAUUAUUGAGAAUUUAAGGCCAAUGUUCACUUACGACUUUAGAUUCGCGGCUGUCAAUCAAGUUGGGGUUGGAAGCUGGGGAGCACCUCUCACCGUUAUUAUGCCCAGAAGGUCACCACCGGAACAACCCAAAUGGAGAGAAACUAUCAGCUCAGAAUCUCUUAUACAUGGAAAGUAUGCUGAUAGGUAUGAGCUACAAUGGAGAGUACCAGCUCACAACGGUGAACCUAUCGACAUGUACGAAAUUAGCUACUGCCCAGUAUUAAAGGUUAGUGGCGAAUGGCGUGUAUCUGGUGAAUCAGAUUGCCUAACUGAAGAGUUAAAAUCCUACGAAGCGAUCAAUUACGAAGUACGAGGCUUACAUCCAGAUACCAGAUACAGAAUGCACGUUCGCGCUCAUAAUGUCCUUGGAUUCUCCUUGCCUGCCCAACUCUACGUUCAAACUGCUCUCGGAGUGGAACGGUCUGGCUUUGCCCCACCGCAACUGUUAUCAAGUGGUGCCAUCAUUGGAUUAGCGUUGGCUGGAGUUUUGAUCUGCCUCAUAGUAGUUGAUCUACUUCUACUAUGCUUCAGACGGCAAGGAGUCAUUGCAACAAUUUGCGGUAAACGAGUCAAGAAACACAGUGACGACGAAGCCAAAUUGGGAAGUCUGUACGGUUGGCGCUUCCCGCUCCCUUAUUGCAGCACGAAGCCGCGCGCGCCGCCCUCCCCCGCGCCCCUGCCGCCGCCCGUCAAGCUCGUGCCGACUCCGACAGAUGAAAAGGAACCUCUCAAAGAAACUGGGGACGACGCUAUAAAGAGAAACUCUUCAGUCGAAUUCGACGGACGUAGGGUAUAUGCGACUAGCACAGGAACCAUUAUUGGUAAAAAUUCAGCUGUUUAAAAAUCGAAUACGAAAUAGAAAUCACGAAAAUCGAUUCAAAGAUUCAACAUUCGAUUUCGUCGAACGAGCAAAUUAAUUCGAAUGAUUAUUAUUAUAAACGAUUGAAAUUAUAUUACGAGUAUAAAAGCUUGUGUAUUUGUGAUGAGCGCGACCAGUAUUCGUAACUGCCAAAAGACGAAUUAUAUCGUUUAUUAUUAAGAGCGUGAUCAGCUUUAUUGCGUCGACUUAGAGUUAAUAUUUAAUUAUACCAUUUCCUAUAACAAUAUUAUAUUUGAGAUAUGUAAUGGAACUAAAUAGUCAUAAAUCAAGCUUAAUGUAUCUCUAUUGUGUUACGUUUUAUAGAAAAUAGUUCGUAACGCGUUAAUUACACAGAUAUCUCCUUUGUCUACACAAUAAAAACUCUUUUAUUAACACACACACACACACAUACAUAUAGCUUCAAGAGGUACACUUCGUGCCUUUUAGAGAUUAUAGGUACUAUCAUGAGGGUAUUCAUAGUAUAGUUUAGAUUGUAUAUAAUAUUUUGUACUUUAUAGGAUAGAGCUUUGAUGUCACAAAAUAUGACAAUUCCUAAUCAUUUAAAAUCACAAUAUUUUAUUAUUAACCCAGUAAUUUUAUAGACAAACC